UUUCUAUUGUAUAUAACUAAUAAUAUAUUAUUAUUGACACAUUGUACAAAAUCUGUGAAUUUAUAUUUCAAAAGGCCGCACACAAGACGCUAUAGUUGGAACAACCUUGCACGCGCACGUAAUCCAUCGAAAACUAUUUAUAAAUGAAACACCACCAUCGUAUUAUUGCUCGAAAUAAGUUACCCAACAUGAGACGUCCACACUUCUGACGUCUGCGUACGCGGUGUCUUGGAAAAACGUAUUUUAGUAUUACAUUUUCUAAUUAGAUUUCUAAUUUUGUCAAAUGCUUUUAUCUCGACUAAUUAUCUUAAAAAUAUGCUAGGUAUUUUAAAGAUCUUGAGAGAAACAAUUCAAUCUUUUUUUUUAAUAAUUCGAUCUCAGAUUAUCUUUCUAUAAAUGUUAAAAAAAAUAGCGUCUGUGCUAUUUAUAUUAAAGAUAAAUGUUUGGAUAAUUGAAUAAAAGUACAAACUCGAUCAGAGUACAUAUUUUCGCCUUUGUCAUAUGUUUCUCCUUCAUUUCACUUCCUUAUUAUUUUUCUCCACGCAAAGAAGCGGAGAUGAGAAGAACGCGCUCGCGCACGUUCUUAACGCGAGAAUAAAAUAAACGAGACGUUGAGGAGGCGGACCGUAAAAUAUAUCUUCGGGAUCCCACGCAAUUUGGCGACGACGGAGACAGCGGAAAACGGUCAGCUCUAUCGUCUUCACGAUCAAAACUAGACGUUCGAUUUUCCUGCGUGAAGGCAGAAGUGGUCCAGGUGGACGUGUCGCGUUGUUGUUGCACAAAAUUAUAUAUCGAAGAUUUAGUUUGAUAAGCAUAAUGUUAUCAAGAUAUAAAGACUGCAUAAGUAUGUCGCGAUUGAGGCUGACAGAAGAAAUCUGCCAGUGAUCAGAUAUUCGACGAGAUUUCUGCGCAAGAUAUCCUACAAGAAUGCACCGAGUUCUUAGCUUCCAAAUGGCUCGCAAUAUCGGCGAAUCCAGCGAAUUCGUGACAAAGCGGUUGUGCUUCUCGUUUCUUUUCUCGGUCGGUUUUCUAUGUCUCCUCUGCGGCUUUCUGCUAGGACGCUUCGCCGUUGAGAGAUCACUAGAGGCCCAGGCGCAGAAGACGCAGGUCGAAUUGGCCGGAAAUGGUCUCCUGAACUUAGAGUAUCUUCAGCAACUGGCAUUCCUUGAAUUAGAAAAGGCGUCAUUCGACUAUCACAUGAUAAAUCGGCAGACUUUAAAAGAUGAAGAUGUGCGACACAUCACUGGGCUCUUUUCCAACUUGUCGCUCGUUCAUAAAGUGUCCAAUCAUGCAUCAUGCAUUCGCGCGACUAUUCGUGGUUCACGAGAACCAGACAGAUACGUUAUCUUAUCCGUUAAUGAAGAUGGUAUCGCUAUAGCUCUGGAAUUGGCGCGAGUCCUGGAUAGAAUUUAUUCAGUGCACAAUUGGCGACCACGACGAAGCCUCGUCUUUUGCAUGUCCGUCGUGUCUACGGACGUCUGUCCACAGGUGCUGCCUAAGUUCAUGUGGCGAAAGAUCGUGUCUUACGUGACGGUAUACGGUCCUCUCAUACAAGCUAACAAUCAUGUGGCUUUGUCCGGAUCAGACAUCAUGCGAUCCAUAGCUGUCGAAGCCAUCAAGACAAUCCCUGGCGAUGGUAACUGGACGUACCUCAAGCAUGAAGUGUUCGGUUAUCGCCUUCCUUUAGAUAUUCCGCAAGUGAUAUUUUUAAUCAACAAUAAUACUUCUGCACACAGUCAUCACAAUCAAAAUCCCCGACUGCACCACAUAACUCUGGCGCAAAUGGUUAGCCAAACUAUAUGGCGACUGUCCGAGAGUAUAGUUAUUAAAUGGGAAGCAACGUAUUUUAACGAAACUGUUAAUGGGAUACUGGAGUCUAUCGACACCAGCAGAUUUCAAAACGCAAAGGAGAAGCUGAAGGAAACGUUGAGAGUGUUGCUCACAUUUGUGAAGAAUCUCAAUGCGGAAAUCGACGCCACAGAUAAUACUCAGAUGCUGCGAGUGAGAAUAUGGAACGAUCUGCUUCUGGAUCUGGACAGGACGCUUUUGUGUCCCGACAAAGUCGAUUCGCAUUCUAGAACUGAUCUAGCGACAUUUUACAAGCUAACGCACAAACCUAUCAGCGAAUCUAGCGUAUUAGCCUACCUCGACCAAAUGACUAAAUGUUAUGAGAACGCUAUACAAAUUCUGCAGGAGAGAUAGAAUGAAAAGGAAGAACUUCGAGGAAAGAGAGGACACGAGAGACUUCAGAAAAUAUAUCAAUCUUAGAUUACAAGACACAUGCUUUCUGAUACGUGACAAUAUAUAUUUUUCAUUACU